AUGACUUUCCUCAGUUGUCAGUCAGGUUUAACUUGUAAAGUCGUCUGGCUCACAGUGUUUGUCAUCCAUGGCAGCUGCAGACACGCUCUUCUUUUCCUUUUAGAGACUUCUCCGGGAGUUGCUGAGGUGACGAUUGUGGAAAAGGAGCCAGCGGAACGCCACAGUAUCAUCUCAUGGGAACAAAAAAACUCCUGUGUAUUGCCAGAAGAUUUAAAGAACUUCUAUCUGAUGACCGAUGGAUUUCAGAUGACCUGGAGUGUGAAGACUGAUGAUACCCCAAUGCCCCUGGGUUCCAUGGUGAUCAAUAGCAUCUCGAAGCUAUGCCGACUUGGGGGCUCCUCAUUGUACACUCUGCCUAAUGCUCCAACUCUUGCUGAUCUGGAAGACGACACGGAUGAGGAAGGUAAUGAAGACAAACCAGAGAAGCCACACUUUGAUUCUCGCAGUCUCAUCUUUGAAUUGGACCCAUGCAAUGGGAAUGGGAAAGUUUGUCUUGUUUAUAAGCACACUAAACCAGUUGUGUCCCCAGACACAGAGAUAUGGUUCUUGGACCGAGCUCUGUAUUGGCAUUUCCUCACCAAAACCUUCACGGCCUACUACCGCCUGCUCAUCACCCACCUGGGUCUUCCACAGUGGCAAUAUGCCUUCACCAGCUAUGGGGUCAGCCCCCAGGCCAAGCAAUGGUUUAACAUGUAUAAACCCAUAACCGUCAACACAGCUCUCCUUUCUGAAGAAGCUGACGCCUUUGUGAACAAGCUGGACCCCAACAAAGUGUUUAAAAGCAAGAACAAAACUCCAGUGAUGAAAAAGAAACCAUCCUCCCAGCCGACAGGCUCCCAAAAGAGCCAUCCUGGCAUGACAUCCUCCAAGACUUCCUCACAACCUGGGAAUCUUUCAAGGAAGUGAGACUCCCUAGAUCUGACCCUGGAUGUCAUUUGCGAUAAGCUUUGAUGUUCUGUGGUGCAGAGUCUGAGAAUUUCAGAUCAAGCCCCUUGUUGUGCAUGAAUAGAUCUUCCCAUGGAAACUACACGGCAGCAUUUGCAUGAAAUAUAACCACAAUGUACUUUGACA